UCAGCAAACAGUGUUUGUCCUUCAUAACGUUUACGGUUCUGAACGGUUACGUGGAUUAUUUGCGUGGCGGAAGGACCCGGGAACGAGCAGCGUCGUCAGUAAAUCCUACCAUGAACUAUGUGGGUCAGUUAGCAGGUCAGGUCUUUGUGCAGGUGAAGGAGCUUUACCAGGGACUCAACCCUGCAACCCUGUCUGGAUGCAUUGACGUCAUUGUGGUCCGGCAGCCCGAUGGCUCCCUGCAGUGCUCCCCCUUCCAUGUGCGCUUUGGAAAGAUGGGCGUUCUGCGGUCUCGUGAGAAAGUGGUGGACAUUGAGGUGAAUGGAGAGCCAGUGAGUCUCCACAUGAAGCUGGGAGAGAAUGGAGAGGCCUUCUUUGUCAAAGAGACUGAAAGCACACUGGAGAUGGUUCCAUCCUACCUGGCAACAUCACCCAUCAUGUCCAAGGGGGAGGAGCUAAUGAACUCCCAGUUGGGCAGGAGCAACUUUCUUCACCAUGAUGUGGCCUCCUGCAGCUUACUUCCUGUCCAGAGCCUGGGGCCACAGCAAAAUGAUGGAGGGAUGACCAAGAAAAGGAGGAAGAGGAGAAGGAAGGCCCGACUAGACGGGUGUGGAGGAGGGAGGAGAGAUGAAAGUGGGGAUGACUUCUCUGAAGAUGAAGACAUGUUUACUAUCGACCUAAGCUCAGAUGAGGAGAGAGAGGACGACUGCGGGAACAGAGGUGUAUUUGGUGAUCAGAAGCCUGCAGCCGCUCUACUGACCAACAUCCACGCUCACCCUGACACCGACACGACUCCUUCACAGAGUACUGUGGUUGAGGAGACUCUGUCCAUCCCUCCAUCCCGUGGUCUAUCCAUAUCUUGUCCUCAGCAGAUCUCUCACUCUUCUUCCUUUGCUUGCAGCCCCAGUGAUUCACAGUCAUCAUCUCCAAAAAGUGACUCGGAGUUAACCCGUCAUAACAAAGAGCAUCCUGAGAUGCUGUGGAGCUGGGGAGAGCUGCCGCAGGCGGCACAGCCCUCGUUCCUGACUUUCCACCAGAAGAAGGACUCUGUCCCAGCAGUGUCCAUGGCAUUGUGUGGUGACACUCACUUCACAGCCAUCAGUGAGAGCGGUCCCCCUUCCCUGGUGCUUUUUGACCCCCAGCACGUGGACAUGGGUGCUAAUAAUGGAGAACAAGAUGCCAAAGGAAGCAGACCUACAGACAGAGUGUCACUACCCACGAAAGAAGAGGAUGAGGUUGCAGGAGAAGUUGAGACGGAGGAGCAAUCAGCCAACUCACCAACUCCCAGAAUUCUUCUUGAUCACCUGGAAGAAGGUGGGAUUCAGCAUCAUCCCAUCAGAAGAACUGAUUCGCCAUCCAAGAAGAAAGAAAAAAGAAGUCAACACUUGGGUGCUGAUGGAAUGUACCUGGAUGAUAUCACAGAGCUGGAACCUGAAGUAGCCGCGCUGUACUUUCCUAAAAGUGAUGGAAGCAGAAGCUCAGUCAAGGGAGACUGUGAGAAUCAGUCCUCACAGUCAGUGGGCAAUGGUGGGAUGGACAGCGGUGUGGACAGUUUGUCUGAUCAAAUGGUCGACCUACCCCAUGUAGCCAUCUCUUUGUGUGGAGGACUCAUCGAUAACAGGAAAAUUACACGAGAACAAUUCCAGGAAAGGGCAGUGUCCUACCAGCAGUUCGCUGACAACCCUUCGAUUAUCGAUGAUCCAAACCUGGUGGUCAAGAUAGGAAACAAGUAUUACAACUGGAGCACAGCAGCUCCAGUCAUGCUGGCCAUGCAGGUGUAUCAGAAACCUCUGCCACAGUGUUGGUGUUUGAGUUAUGUGUUUUCUGUUUUCGGAUUGUUCUCCUAUUGCCUCCCUGGUCUGUUUGGCUCCAGCUCAUCUCAGCCUGCCUCAGUGGAGAACAUCAUGAAGGAAAAGAUGUCAAAGAAAGGAGGACGCUGGUGGUUUUCAUGGAGAAGCAAGACCAGCGAGUCCAACUCAGAUUCAGUGACAGACUCAGGAGAGAGAGGAAACAGUUCACUUACUGUGGCCUCAGAGGACAGGAUGAAGGAUGAGUCUUCAUCGAGUGAUGAGGACCACAGAUCAUCCAGUCAGACAUCAGGAUAUUGUCAGUCAGAGAACCUUAUGGGUUCUGCUAGUGUCUGUUACAAGAAAACCCUUCGACUUACCUCAGAGCAACUGGUUAGCUUGGAGCUGAAGGAUGGCCCUAAUGAUGUGGUGUUCAGUGUAACUACGCAGUACCAGGGUACUUGUCGUUGUCAUGGCACAAUCUACCUUUGGAGCUGGGAUGACAAAAUAGUCAUCUCCGAUAUCGAUGGAACCAUCACCAGGUCAGACACUCUCGGCCAAAUCCUGCCGACACUGGGCAAAGACUGGACACAUCAGGGCAUCGCUCAGCUCUACCACAGAGUCAGCCAGAAUGGAUAUAAGUUCAUGUACUGCUCAGCAAGGGCGAUUGGCAUGGCUGAUAUGACACGUGGGUACCUGCACUGGGUCAACGAGAGGGGAACCAUGCUGCCAAUGGGUCCAGUGCUGCUCAGUCCCAGCAGCCUCUUUUCUGCUCUGCACAGGGAGGUGAUUGAGAAGAAACCAGAGAAGUUUAAAAUCGAAUGUCUUACAGACAUCAAGCAGCUUUUCUACUCAAAUGCUGAACCUUUCUAUGCUGCUUUUGGAAACAGGGCAACCGAUGUGUUUUCCUAUAAGGAGGUGGGUGUUCCUCUGAACAGAAUAUUCACAGUCAAUCCAAAGGGGGAGCUGAUACAAGAACAUGCCAAAACCAACAUCUCUUCCUUUGGCCGUCUGUGUGAAGCCGUGGACCACAUCUUCCCGAUCCUAGUCCAGGAUGGAGCUGUACACUUCCCCUCCUCUGACACUUUUGGCCAGUGGACCUACUGCAGCAAACAGCUUCCUGAUGGCAACAACCAGGAAGAUGACCCACAGCCACUUCAGCCAAACUAAGAAAAUUCCACUUCGAUCAUGGUUUUCUCCAUUGUGUGCCAGCCCAGUUUUAGAGAUCAGCCUCGAAGCACCCCACACCGUCUUGGGUAACCUAACAAACGAAAUCACAAGAACAUCUUUUGGGUUGGGACAACAACUCAAAGCAGAAAUAGGUAAAGUUUUGACAUCUGAUGUACAAAGCAUCGCUGUGAAUGUAAAGCCUGAUCAACACCCUAUGCAUGAAUUCAUGAGGUGGACUCAUAGACGAUAUAUAUACUGGACAAACCUUCCAUGAUGUAAACCACUGCAUUUUUGAAGAGUGGUUUUGAAGUUCAAAUAGUGUAGCUCUGGAUGUUGACAGUGCUUCCUGUAACUCCCGGCCAACCCACAAAUAGGUAAAGCAUGAGCAAGACCUGGGUAGAACAAAUGAAGUUCAUGCAAGGUUCAGGUGUUUUAUUAGUUCCAUAGUUACCUCAGUAACUAUGGAGUAACAGUGGAGCUAGUGUCAGCAAGCGACCAAUACCUGCUAACAGCAGUAACGCUGCUAAUGUACAAAUUACAUAACACAAAAAUUUCACCCCAUGAAAAUACUGGAGCAGAGACUUCUCUGAUUGUCCAUUAGUAACAUUAACCACACAGGAAACCAUAUUAACUCAGAUAUUUGUGAUAAAAUGCUUUGAAAGGACAAACACAUUUUGUCCACAACAACUAGCAGUCACUCUCUGCUAGCGGGGUCUGGACUCAGCUGGCAGGUGGAUAGAAGCUGUCACUCAAGACCCUUAAUUAUGCAUUGCUUUAUGGCCUAAAAUAUCUGAAACAUGUUAUUUAAAAAAAAAAAUCACCACCCAUACAGCUAUACAUACCAAAAUUUCUGUUUGUUUCUGCUCUAAAUUUGCAGAUUUUCACAUUGGACACCUUGUGAUUCCUGUGGUUUCCAGUGUUGAGCAUUAAUUAUCUUCAUGGAAGUCAGCCAGAUUUUAGGGUCCUGGGGCCUCAUGUACAAAGCAUGCCUACAUGCAAAAAUGUGGCGUACGUCCUUCUCCACACUAACAUUCAGAUGUAUCAAAAGUGGACAUGUACAGUGAGCCACGCAAAAAUCAUGCCUGGUGUACCACGUUUCUACAGCGAUUGGUCUACUUGCGACACGUACAGGUUAAUAGUGUGCAAACAAGAAGUUGCCAGAGUGAUGUGCACAUUAGAGACACACUUAUGAGCAAUUAACACCCACGUUUGCACUUAUAUGGGUGGAUAUAUAAGCAUGCACAAAGUGAUGUGUAAAAUGGCACAAACAAUGGCUGCGUUAGCGUUUUUAGAGGACCUUGCAAAUGGUGCAAUUCGACGUGAGCGAGUAUUCAUGGAAUGUGAGGAUUUACUUGCAAAUGGAAAUAAGCUGAUUUCGUGUACCAAGGCCACUAUUACUGGUGUUGCGUAUAGAAUUGUGGCCGGCCUGGGGUGCAAUACGGCAAAAACCCAGGGGCUGUCUGUGCCCACACAGCUACUGACCAGGUUGGACUUCCUGGCAACAGGGACAUUUCAGUGUGAGCUGGUCGAUCAGUCAGGCGUAUGCCAGUCAACCUUGAGCUGAGCUAUGCCAGCUUUGUGGAACAGAAUCAUCUGAAUGUCAUCCAAGUACAUCACAUUCCAACAUUAAAGCGCCAUUUGCAGCGAGAGCCGGUUUCCCUAAUGUAAUUGGAGCUGUUGACUGCACACACAUUAGUAUAAAAGCGCCAUCACGUGAUGAAUUUGUUUUUGUUAUUGGGAAACCUUUUCAUUCCAUCAAUGUUCAAAUCAUAUGUGAUGCACAAAUGCAUCUAACUAACAGCGUGGUUGUGCUGCAGCCCAGUCUCACGCUUUUUUUUCCAUGCUUCCAUCACGAAAUGAGUGACAUUUCCAUGACGCGGUUUUGUUAAUUUUACUAUUUCUAACCCUAAUCCUUUCUCCUAACCCUAACCAUACUGUAACUGUCUCCCUAACCAUAACCCCCCAGACUCUCCCCCUGUGUCACCCUGCAUUUUGUGCCCCCAUCUGGCAUGUGCACGAUGAGGAAAUAGCUUAUUUUAUUUUAACUUCAUUUUAGGAAGUUAAUAUGUGCAAAAAUGAGUUUUGUCUUAUGUGUCCUUAAGAUGACUAAGGAUGCAAAAACUCAUAAAUCAGUAUUUUGGGGGAAAAAAUAUUUUUUUCAGAGCGCUUACAGAAAUCACAUACUGCAUAUUUGUCAUGUCAAACUUUUCCAGGUUGACUAUACCAGUGGAUCACAAGUUGCUCAGUUAUAUUUCAAACCUAAAUUGAUGCACCAGUUAUGUAAUCUGUCCACCAGACAGAGCCGUCAUUCAGAAUGUUUGGGAAAGGUUUUGUGUUUUUCUAUGUGGGAACGUCCAAAACACACGGCUGUUGUAAUUAUUUCAUGUACAGUUAAUAGAGAAUUAGCACUUACACCAGUAACAACAGUACAGCAUGUGACACUACAUGAGAAUGUUGUGCAUGUUGUCACUCUGGUCAUUCUGUGUUAACCCGCUCCAGUGGUUUGACUGCGCCACUGUGAAAAAUGUCGUUUCAGCACAUUCUCAAGUUAGUGUUCAGUGAAUAUAUUUGAUAUAAAUGCAAGUUUUUUGUUUUUCUUACACAUUACUACCUCCACUAAGGUGAUGUUUUCAUCACAAUUUGUCGGUUGGUCGGUUUGUCAGCAAGAAUAAACAAAAACUACCAAGCUACAUUUCUUGAGAUGUCUAGGUCAUAAAUUAAUGCAGAAAAAGAAGACUGAGUUCACAAUGCUUUUUACAGGGAUUAAAGUUCUCCAUCGUGACGACGGAUUUCCGUCAAUUGGGCUGUAAAAAGGCGGGGCUCAUGCUUACACAAAGUCGUAGCUGGACACAAGAUAUAAAAUUUACUGCAUCCAUGGGACACAUGCAUGCCAUGUUCAAAACAUUAAAAAAAAAAGAUCUUUAGAAUAACAUCUGUUUUUUUACUUGUUUUUUUUUUCUGCUUGAGUGAUUCCCUGCGUCUGUUCCUCUGUCCUCUGUGCACUCCGCCGGAGGGAGGGGGAGCGAGGGGUGGUGGGUCAGCCUGCUGGUGUGUUUGUGUCACAGCGCUGUAAUGACGCAGCAAGCAGAGCAGAGUACAGAGUUUUACAAACAUAUUUCUAAACUUUUCUUUCAAAGUCUGCCCUGAGUGUCUCUGUGAGUGUCCUCGCUCUGGUUAAACUUAAAACAGUUAGCAUGAACAAAAAAAAAUUAAAUUAAAAAAAUACACCUAAAAUUUCUUUCUGAGGACAGUAUGAUGUGAAAUCCUCUAAUAAAACCUUAUUACCUCUCAAUCAUGUUGCGUUUUUCACAUAAAUGCACAAAUUCUUGAUUGUUUCUGCUCACAGACUGCAAACCAGGGGUGAGAUGGAGAUUGAUUAAAGGCCCACAUUUUUCAUACUACUGCUACUUAUAAUAAUAAUAAUUGCAACAACUGAAAUAUUUAAAUCAGUAUUACUCUGGAGCUAAUUUUUACUGUAGCUCUGGACUAAGUUUAAUUGAUAAGCCAUGUAAAAAUAAGUUUACUUAUUUUAACUUUUCUGCAUAACUAAAGUGGGAUAUGAAGCAAUAUAUUUUUAUAAAGUAAUGUCUAAGCUCGGGCUUUACUGGGUCUGUUUCAGGUUCGAGUUUUAAAAUCAGAUUAGUUAGGAUGAGGGAAGCCAAAAAUAUGAAAAUGAUUUUGGCUCCUGUAAUAAUCUUAUUUUACAUAAUCUUAACAAACAUACGAGGUCUGCGAGAAAAAUAAUGUACCUUUUAAUUUUUUUCAAAAACUAUAUGGAUUUGAAUCACGUGCGAUUACAUCAGCCAACCUUGAACCCUCGUGCGCAUG